UUAUCACGUACUGUUACAGAUCAAUUUUGACUUUCAUGGCGAUUUACCUAUUUUAGUUAUGACCCUUGAACUUAGGAGAUAUAAAAAAAAAGUUUUUUCCAGACUUCUUUUGCAGUACCUGAAGAUAUUGAUAUGAAAUUUUGUAUCCACCUUUAUCAUGUAGGCCUACUGUUACUUAUCAAGUUUAACUUUUAUGGUGAUUUAUCUACUUUUCACAGAAGUAAGACCCUUGAAUUUAGAAGAUAUGAAAAAAAUUCGAGUUCGGUAGGGGAUAUGUGUUACUUUAGCAGUACUCUCAUAAUGCUUAUUCCUUUACGCAAAUAAUGUAAUAUACACUAAGUUCUCUCAUCUCUUUGUACAAUGUACAUUCCUCGAACCUUGCAAGAAGGUCAGACAUCUGCAGAAAGUUUUCCAAAAAGUCCUUUGAAAAAAGUGUACAUAUCACAGAAAUUACUGAUUUUGUUUCAGAGUUGUGGAGUUUUCAAAUAAUGUUGCGAUAAGGGAGGUGUAUACUAUUAUAUCCACUCGCACCCCCACUAGUUGGGGACCUAUAACAAUUGACCCAUUUCACCUAUGUCGAUCAAUAGAAGAGCUAGCGUGACCCACAAACCUAUUGAAACAUAUCGUAAGUUGCGCACUCUAUAAGGUCAUCUGCGGUUACCUUGGCUGUCAGUCGAGCUAAAAUGUUUCAAAGUAAAUUCAUGAAUAAAUCAUAGCAGGCCGCUUAACAACACCUUGCAAUACAAGUUGUGUUAGAUUCCUGGACCUAUUUAAAAUUAUUAUUACGACAUGGAUGAUGCUUUCAAUGCUGAAAGUUCUCAGUUUGAUCAUCUUGACAACAUAUCGUCAGACUGGCUUCAGUGGUGUUGUUUCUACAAAACAUGUUCACUCAUUUUCCAACUGUUCCUGUCAUGGCUGAUGUGGUGUUUGACAAAGUACCUGUGGCGGAUGUACUUUCUUCGCAUGCGUGACGUUGAUAGCGCUCUACCGCUACCUCCUGGGGAAAUGGGUUAUCCCAUAAUUGGUGAAACGCUCCAAUUCUUUCGACAGGGUGCCGACUUCUAUAACAGACGGAUUGCAAAAUACGGAAGAGUAUUUAAAACCCAUCUUCUAGGUUCUCCCACAGUCAGAGUGAUAGGAUCUGAGAAUGUCCGUAAAAUUCUUCUUGGGGAACACAUCAUAGUCGACAUGAAGAUUCCACGGUCGGCGAGCCUCUUGUUCGGAUCUGGCGCAAUAGUCAAUUCAUCUGGAGACCAUCAUCGCCUAAGAAAGAAGAGUCUUCAAAAGGCGUUCAACCCUGAAUUUCUGUCAUCAUGUAUACCGAAUAUUCGUCGUCUUGUAAGGAAAUGGUGUGAAGAUUUGUGCAACGAAGGAGAAGUUCUUGGAUUUGAAAGAUGUAAGGUUUUGAUGACAACGAUAUCGGCUGAAGUCCUGCUUGGUUUCAACAUGGAAGACGUCGGGAGAAUAGAAGAACUAAUGACGCAAUUUGAAAACAUCACCAAUGCGGUUUUUACAUUUCCAUGGCAAAUUCCUGGAACAAGCUUUGCAAAGGCCAUGAAGUCAAGAGCUAUUCUGGUCAAGGAUAUCAAACAGAGACUGCAGAAAGAAGCAUCAUCUCAGUCAGAAGAUGUCUCUAUGACAGACGUGUUGAGAUCUCUGGACACCGAGGACGAUUCCAGCACGGCAGACGAUCUAGCCGACUCUCUACUGGAGAUGUGGCUUGCUGGGCAUCUCACACAGUCCAGCGCCGCCUGCUCUCUCAUCCUGUGCGUGGGGAGGGAUGACGGCGUUAGAAACAAUAUAGAGAUGGAACUGGAAAGGCAUCAUCUUAUUGGCAGCGACGAGGACGUCGAUCUUACGUAUAAUGGCAUCAACCAGUUAAUUUACACGUCCAACGUGGUGAAAGAAGUGUUGAGGUUGUAUCCACCAGCAGGCGGCGGAUUUCGUCAGACCAAGUCCACAAUAGAAGUAGGGGGGUAUCAGAUUCCCAAAGGAUGGACAGUGAUUUACAGCAUAAGAGACACUCAUCAAACAACGGAUCUGUUUACAGACCCACAAGACUUCCGGCCUGAACGUUGGCAACAUGUUGAUAUAGAUCAAGAUCUUUCACAAAGAUUCAACUACAUCCCCUUCAGCGCAGGAGCUAGAAGGUGUCUUGGUGAAAAGUUUGCAAAUCUGGUUUUGAAACUAUUCUUGAUAGAAGUUGUUGGUUACUAUAACUGGACAUUGCGAAAUAAAAACCCAAGCAUGCGGUACCUGCCAAGCACACACCCGGUGGAUAAACUCCCAGUGUCCUUUUCAAGGAAAGUGCCUCAUCACAUGAAGUAAUAUCAUCAUCAGAUGACGACUUUGAAAUGGUUAUAAAAUGUUUAUGUGUUUCAUUUUAAUAGUCACACAUAACAAAAGUCAUAAAAUGUCAGUGCUACGAUGUAACCAUGAAAAGGAAACGGCCCCAUCACAUCAAGUAAUAUCAUCAUCAGAUGAUGAUUUUGAAAUGGUUAUAAAGUGUUUGUGGGUUUCAUUUUAAUAGUCACACAUAACAAAAGUCAUAAAAUGUCAGUGCUACGAUGUAACCAUGAAAAGGAAACGGCUUCACAAUAUGAACUAAUAGCACCAUCAGAUGAUAACUUUGAAAUGAUUAUAAAGUAUUUGUUGGUUUCAUUUUAAUAGUAACACAUAACAAGUCACGAAAUGUCGACGAACAACAUGUUCAGUGCUAAGACGUGCUUAUUUUGGUUAUUGAUUCACGCUUAUAAAGUGCAAUAAAUCAUAUGGCACUAUUCUAAUUAGCUAGGCAUAACGUGUAUUCAGUUUGUAUGGUGCAAGUGUUAACACAAUAUUAUGCUUGGUACAUGUAUAUAGCUUUUAUAUUUGUCACGUGUAUUUUUUUGGCACGUGUUAUGACUACAAGGACCACUGUUGUGCAGGGAAUUGCCUACGUACUGACAGGCGUAGCAUUAGUAAUGCUGAUCAACCAUAGGGGAAUGUGUAGGGGCGGGUGAGUUUUUAGCUAUAUAUACUGUAACAAAAACGUUUAGCAAUUUGGUUCUAAUACAUAGUACUUUAACUCUCGUACUACAUUCAAUGACGCGGGCCGGCCGGGACAUAGCCCAGUGGUAAAGCGCUCGCUUGAUGCGCGGUCAAUUUAGGAUCGAUCCCCGUCGGUGGCCCCAUUGGGCUAUUUCUCGUUCCAGUCAGUGAUUCAUAACUGGUGUAACAAAGGC